ACAAAUAAUCGAAGAACGAUCUCGUACAACAUUCUCCGGUACUUAUACGAAUCAAUACAAAUUUAAUGAUGGUAGGUAUAUACAAAGAGAAAAGAAAAAGGUAAAAGCCCUAAUUUCUGGACCAUUACUGAGUUUGCGAAGAGCCGAAUUUUCACCUUCCAUGAAAAAUCUCCAUCUCCCGAAGGUAAUCUUAUUCGUUGUUUCCAUUUCAAUCUUUUCCUGCCGAUUUGGGUUAGAGAUAUCGUCGAUUUGGGUUUCUUAUGUUUCUGACUUGAUUCGAUUGUUAGUCUCUCUCGUUAUCAUCGGCAAGACGAACGCGUAUUAAUCAGCGUUUCGGUAUUGUUUCCAUCUCCGCCUUUAGGAUGGUAAUCUCUUUGAAUUGGCUGACUAAGAUAGCUUUACCCGCUAUCGAGUAUGUUUCUUUCGAGGCAGAUUUGUGGAAGUUUGAAUUUUUGGUCAAGGAGCAGUUAUUCAAAUAUUGGAAUGUCUUCUAGCAAUUCAAUCGAAUUCCUCAUGAAGUGGUUGAAUAUAUGGGGAAUAAUUUUAUCAUUAAUUUUGUAUUGUUCAUAAGGAUUCUGGCAUCUUUUGUUCGUUUAUGGUGGAUGGAGAAGUUUUUGCGUGGGUAUGAGAGUAAUAAUUAGGGAGAUCGAAGAAGUAUGAGACUCUGCAUAGUUGCUCUGAGAUUUAACUAUGUUAUGCCCAAAAGUUAACUGCUGGAGUUUGAUAGAGUUUAUUUUGCUGGGUGUCAUUUGAUCCAAUCUCGAGGCGUGGACCAUCUAAACUUUUGUAGUUAAAUUUUUAACACAAGAACUUCAUAGGGCAUGCAGGAUUUAAGAUUUGGAUUCGGGUAUUAUUAUAUUUUUCACGAUUAAAGCUUGCUGCAUUGCUAAUUUCUUUAGUCUUGGCUAAUUGAUUAUUUUGACUCAAUGUUGGUGUAAGCUAUCUUGUAUGUUGAAUCCUUUCGAGGAUUACUGAUGUGUUAGUAUCCAUACAGUGCAGAAUUUGAAAGUGAUGCCUGAGCUUUUAGUGAGAAUUCUGCGUUGGAUUAAAGUGAUAAAAGAUGAAAAAUUUAUUUAAGACACUGAGAUAUUGGAAGAAUGAUGGCCGUACCAGAAAGUGAAGAGGUUGGUUUUAAGCACAUUGGGUUGUCAGGUAGUGAUUAUGAUGCAAGUCUCCCUAUCAAGAAAAGGAGAUUCCCGGUUAUACAGCCUCCUCCGUUUCCAUCUAAAGAUAUAUCUCCAGAUGGGAAUUUAACGAAGACUGAACAGCUAUCUCCACCUAAAGGCGUAUCUUUGUUUCAUACCAAUGAAAAUUUAAUGAAGAGUGAACGGCCAAGUCUAUCUGUGACAAUAAUUUCAAGUUCUAGUGCAAUCACAAGUCCUAGGUUGUCCAACAAGACCCAGGAUUGUGUUUGUGACGAGAACGAAGGAAAAUCUGAUACUGAUUCAUGUUAUGGGGCUAUAGUCCAGAAUGAUAUUGGAAUAACAGGAGUGAAGUUUCAGGAACCCAGUUUAGGAGGGCGUGCUUGUUUUCAUAGUUAUGUUGAACGUGAACACAAGUCCUUGAUAACCGAAAAACACACAGUUCAUGCAUUAACAGAAAUCCGUGUGGGGCUGGAGUUAUCAUCAACUAACCUCAACUAUGACCUUCUUGCUGCUAACAAUGAGGAAGAAAUUGAUGUAAAAGUUGAAGGAGGUAUCAGUAGGUUUCAAGGAACAUAUGAAUCUGAAAUUGAUUCCUGAAAAGAGUGAUUUGAAUUUCCUGAAGCAGAAUUCUUUGGAACCUGUGUUACUGGACUUGUCUUUAAACAAACAAGGAAGUAAUACCGAUUGUACUGUGGGGUCUGAUUAUGAUGGGUCUCUUCAGCAGUCAAUUAGGGAAAAUUGGGAUCUGAAUACCUCAAUGGAGUUUUUGGGAAGGCUGUGCAAGUGAUGACCGUCGAGUGCAGCUUCCAGUUGUUCAUGCAGACACAAUUGUCUCUACAUGUAGAUGCUUAACUGAAAUGGUGAUAACUGAUAUUCCGUCAGGAAAACUAACCCCUUCGGAUCAGGGUGAUCAUCUUCAUCUAAGUCUUAGUUCAUCUAAUCUUAGGUAUGUAUUGCGUCAAGAACAAAGUCCAUUGUCUAAGUUAGACAUUAGGAAAUCAAAUCCUUUUUUAUGCUUACCAGGCAGAGGUAUGCAGUUUGAUGAUCUUAAUGGUGCACUAAAAGUUGUUAAGCCAGAACCAUUUGCCGAGGGCUCCAAACUUGAGUUUAGAAGUGAUAAAGAUAAUGGACUGGGACUAUCAGAUGGUGCUGCAAUGAAGCAUGAAUUAGAUGAUCAAUGCAGUCUUGAAAUUCCCAACGCGUUAGUAGUCCAAUGAACAUAGUUAAGGCUAAAUCUGAAUCAGUUUAUGUAAGCAAACAGAGAGCACUCGAGGCAUUAGGGAGUAGAUUAGAACUAGUAGGUAAGGAAGUUUUUCCAGUACAUAAUUCUUGUCCUAUAGCAACGCUUUUUGCGGCAGAAAUGCCAGAAGCAGCUGAAAAUCCUUAUUGUUCAACUGAUUUGAUUACUUAAUAGGAAAUUGCCCCAGGACAAAUGUGUUUGUAGUGGUCGACUUGUCAACUCUGAAACGACGUAUGUAAGCAAGGAUUCAGGUUCCAAAGAUUCCAGUAGUUCGGUUAUUAACUAUCCGUUAUUGAAGAUGAAAAUCAGAAUAUUCCUCAGCAGCAUCCCUUAAAAGUUGUGGAAGAACAGUACGCUAGUUUGCAGGGAGGUGAGGGAAGUUCUGUGAGUAAUGAGGAAAAGAUCAUUAUAUCAGCCUAUUCAUUAGAAGACUCUUAUAGUUCUGAAUAUGAAUCAGAUGGAAAGCGGGAUGUGAACGAGGCGAUGAAUGCACUAGAUAAUGAUAUAGAAGAAGAUUAUGAAGACGGAGAGGUUCGGGUACUGAUAUUUAAAACUCAAGUAGAAAGCAGUGUCUAUAGAAAGCACUAGAUAAUGGACUUGUUGAAGAGAAUACCAGUAGGGUGUGCUUGAGCAAGGCCAACAAAGCUACAAAAGCCACAGGUACAAGGCAAUUCUUUCAGUGUGAGAAAAUAGAUGCCUUGGAGGCCCAGGAAAUUGCUUCUGAGAAAGCUACUAAUGGAAUUGAAGAAAACCAAUAGUGAAAAUUUUUCUUAGUGAUGCAGAGAAUGUUAAACCUGUAGAUUCUGUACAAAACGAUUUGCCAAACGUUAAGUCGUUAAGUAAUGAUGAUGUGACCGAUGAUUUUACUCAUUGCAGCGGAGAUAGCCAGUUGGUUAAUCCGUGACAAGCUUCCUUAUCUCCUAGUGAAACAAGAUCUAAUUUAGCGAGGUCGGUUUUUACACAAUCUGAUAGGGAACAAAUACCCGACAUGGCGCAUGAAGGGGGGAAAUUACAAUCUCAAGGAAGGUGAUUAUUUCUUAACUGCACUAAAAUUGCACUGAUUACUCUCUGCAUUGCUGAUUUCUUUUCAUUUUUCUAGAGAUGACCCAUACAGUGACUUUUCCCAGAAAUUUUAUGUGAAUAGACGUAAGAAUCUAUCAGCCCGAACGAGUUUUACUCGUAGAAGAGGUAGAUUCACUAUUAGGAUAAACCAAGGUGACUGGGAUUUUAAUCCAGGAGUUCACAAUGAUCAAAUUCUACCAUUUGAUGCCUGUAGAAGUAAACACAUGCCUGCUGUUUCUGAUGGUGGCAUUGAUCAAAACCACUAUAAAAUUAAACCCGAGGGUCCAUGUUGCUGUGCUCGUCAACGGAGUAGACAAAUAUUAGAUGAUGAAACCCCCCUUUGUGAUAUACCCUCUAGGAGGAGGUCACCUGAUAUAAGAGAAGGACCUCGUAGAUGCAUUCGUGAACCUGCGUCCGAAUUGGUUGGACUGCGACACGGUGAAACGUUUACGAGGACUUUUGAAGAUGAGACCUUGGAUCCAAUAUAUGCACACCCUCAACCUCCAUUUGAAGUAGAUAGGCGUCCUUUUAUCCAAGACCAAAGGAACUUCCCUAUUCAAAGGAAAAGUUUUCCUAGAGUUGAUACGCCCUCCUGGCCAAUGGUUUCCAUCCAAAAGAAAGUCCGACAGGUUUUUUGGACAUUCAGAAAUGGCUCGUCGAAGUCCGACAGGUUACGGGAUGAGAUCUCCUGAUCAAUCUCCACCUAUUGAUCGAGAUCAGCCAAUUCGAAGACGGGGUUUCUUAGUUUCGCCACUCCCUUGGUAUGGAUUUUGCUCGUGACCACGAACAUAGGAACUGAACUGACAGAAUCUCCUUCCGAAACAGGAGGUUUGAAGAUAUGGAUCCUCGAGAUAGAUAGGAUAGAGGGCGGUGAAUACUUUGAUGAGUCUGUCGAACUGACUUGUGAUGACAACGGUGACGAUCGAAGAAGGUUUCAUGAAAGAUAUGAACAUCGAAGACACCGAACAUCGGUACCCAUUGCAGCCGCAAUGUAACAAUUCUGAUGGUGAAAAUUAUCAUGACGGUAUUAUGGAUGCCUUUCCGAUACCGUGCUGGUGGUGAACUACCAGAGUUUCAUGAAAGAGGUAAGUUUAGGGAGAGGGAAUUUGAUUUACCAUGACGAACAGGGAUGAUGAUUGAAGAGCAUGGAGUUGAAGAUUAUAGACAUGCUCGACAGUCGUGGAAUGAACAUACUAGGUUCAGGUCGGUCGGGUUGAAAUAUUUGUUAGACCCAAUAUAAUUAUUUGAGUUGUUCGGAGCGAUUUUUAAUAACAUGUUAGACAAAUAAAAUAUUUA